AUAUUAGAGCGCAAGGCAAAAAAAUGGGUAAGUGAACUGACUUUUUCUCACGAUUUUUGUGAAAUCCUGAUCGACAUGGCCUCGCGGGACAACAAGAAGGCAUCGAGGGCGUCGAGCAGCCGAACAGGCAAAAUUCGCACUCUCUCCGAUCUCAACCGUCCUUCCGCCGAUUCCGACAGCGACUCAGAUGGCCCUCAGGAGUACUACACCGGCGGCGAGAAGAGUGGAAUGCUUGUCCAGGAUCCUUCAAAGGGAAAUGACGUGGAUGCAAUUUUCAAUCAAGCUAGGCAACUUGGUGCUAUUGAAAGGCCUCUUGAUCAGCUUCAGGAACCUCCAAGGUCAACUAGCUUUACAGGAACUGGCAGGUUACUCUCGGGGGAAACUGCACAGUCUACUACUAACCCGCAACCUGAGGCUGUUGUUCACAACAUUGUUUUCUGGAGUAAUGGUUUCACUGUAAAUGAUGGACCUUUGAGGAGAUUGGAUGAUCCUGAAAAUGCAUCAUUUCUGGAGAGCAUAAAAAAAUCCGAGUGUCCCAAAGAGCUUGAACCUGCAGAUAGGAGGUCAUCUGUUAACGUUAACCUCAUAAGAAGGAAUGAGAACUAUCCUGAACCCGAAAGGCAGCAUGUUCCAUUUCAGGGAGUGGGAAGAACUCUUGGAAGCAGCUCUACAUCAGUGGCUCCUGACCCAACUGUGGCCUCAACUCCUUCUGCAAAUCUGGUUGUUGAUCAAUCACUGCCGUCGACCUCAAUACAAAUCAGGUUGGCUGAUGGAACCCGCUUGAUAUCACAAUUUAAUCAUCAUCACACCAUCAGCGACAUCCGUGCCUUCAUUGAUGCAUCUAGACCUGGGAGUCGGCAGCAUUAUCAACUUCAGAUGAUGGGUUUCCCCCCAAAGGUUCUAACUGAUGAAACUCAGAGCAUAGAGCAGGCAGGACUGGCAAAUUCAGUUGUCAUACAGAAAUUCUAGCAGACUGCCGUUUCAUAUUGGUCGUUAUUGGUUAAAUGCUGCAUAGAGGGAUGCAGUUUUAUUGGGGUAUGUAGAGGUGAGGUACUUUUAUUUCGAUAAAGUCAUAAAUAUAUCGAAAUCCCCCCGUGUUGGGGGAACAUUUUCUUUUUGUUGCUCAAUGUUAAUGAGUAAUUUAUUUGCUUUAGGACCAGUUGGAUGGCUUUACUUGGCUUUGUUUUGGACCUAAUUUUCUAUUCUAUAUGACUGUGUUAUUAUUCUAUUUCUAGCUGUGCCUAGAAAUUCAACAAGAAA